GAUCCGCCAUGCAUUCCUCUCCCCAUCUGCUCCAAAUGGUCAUAAAAGCUCAAGUGAAGGACUCCCCCUUCACGCCAUCACCAUAAUUCCACCUCCCCUUCCUUCCACCGCUCCCAUUCAUUUCAAGUCAAUUCAAUUCAAUUCAAUUUAGCUUCCCUCCCCAUCUUCUCUCUCUCUCUCUCUCUCUCUCUCUCUCUGCAACACCACUAGUAAUGGUAGUAACAGGAGCUGAGCUGUAGUGGAACCCAAGCAAACAAGAGGAUCGAGCAAGACGACGAGCUUGAGCUCUCUUCCUUCUCUCAGCUCAACUUUAGCAAUGGAGUCAUCCCAAGCAACCACUGAGCCCGUCCCUUCUCCCAAUCCUGCCACCAAGAGAAGCCUGCUGAGCUCCCUCAUGGAAGCCACAGCCGGCGCCACGGCAGCCCCCACCGCGCUCCACGUCUCCCCUUCGUUCAAGGAGGACUGCUACCUCCUCUCCAGCCUCAAGCUCGCCGAGCUGAAGGCCCUCCAGGAGCUGCAGCAACUCCUCGCUGUCUCCCCCAAGCCCAUCUCCAUCUGGGGCGUGCCUCUCGCCCCCUCCUCCGCCGCCGCCGGCGACGAGCGGGCGGUCGUCGUCCUCCUCAAGUUUCUGAGAGCGCGCGACUUCGACGCGGGGCAGGCGCACGCCAUGCUGCUGCGCUGCGUGGAGUGGCGGCGCGAGUUCGGCGCCGACGAGGUGGCGGAGGAGGAGCUGGUGGGGUUCAAGGAGCUGGAGGGCGUUGUGGCGUACAUGCACGGCUGGGACCGGUGGGGCCACCCCGUGUGCUACAACGCCUGCGGCGUCUUCAAGGACAAGGACGUGUACGACCGCGUGCUGGGCGACGCCGACAAGCUACAUCACUUCCUCCGGUGGCGCGUCCAGGUGAUGGAGCGCGGCGUCCGCUUGCUCCAACUCCGCCCUGGCGGCAUCAACUCCAUCAUCCAGGUCACCGACCUCAAGGACAUGCCCAAGCGCGAGCUCCGGGCCGCCUCGCAGCACAUCCUCUCCCUCUUCCAGGACAACUACCCUGAGAUGGUCGCAAGAAAGGUGUUCAUCAACGUGCCCUGGUAUUUCACUCUGUUGUACGCCAUGAUUAGUCCAUUUCUGACGGAGAGGACAAAGAGCAAGUUCGUGAUCGCCAGAGAAAGCAAUGUGGCCGAGACCCUUUACAAAUUCAUCAGGCCGGAGUUCGUGCCGGUGCAGUACGGAGGGCUGAGCCGGCCAGGGGACCUACAGAAUGGCCCGCCCAAGCCCGCCACCGAGUUCACCAUCAAGGGCGGAGAAAGAGUGAACCUUGAGAUCGACGGCAUUGAGGGAGGGGCAAGCAUCACAUGGGACAUAGCGGUGGGAGGAUGGGACGUGGACUACGGCGCCGAGUACGUGCCGAGCGACGGCGGAAGCUACACGAUCAUCGUGGAGAAGACCAGAAGGGUCCCGGCGACGGCGGACGAGCCGAUCCACAACGUGUACACCGCCAGGGAGGUGGGGAAGAUGGUGCUCUCCAUAGACAACACCAACUCCAGGAGGAGGAAGGUGGCUGCUUACAGAUACUUCGUCCGCAAACCAUGUACUUAGUGCCUGCAGUUGUCUUCUUCCUAGAAACGCUUUUGGUUCACUUGCUUUUGCUCUUUCCAUGUUGUUCUAUUACAAUCUACCGCAGUCAAUGACUUCA